UUGUGUGUGAUUGUCUUGCAUGUGUGAGGGUUUUCAUACACGAUUAUUUUAUUUUAUUUCCUUUGCCUUGUUGUUUUCCUGCGUUUUGAACGAUGGUUGUCGUGCGUCCCACCUCUGGUUGUUUUAACUGUGGGUCUAUGAAUCACUGGGUCCGUGAUUGCCCUACGAGGUUUGGUGGUCAACGACAUUCUGCGACGGGGGCUAAUGCGGUCCCUACGGGGCCGCCGCUUCUUGCUCUUUCGGCUCCUAAUGCUUCUUCUUCUUUUGAACCAGUCCCUCCUCGGUCGCAUAUUAGUCAGUCUAACGUUUUCUCCGGUCAGGGCUAUCAGGCUAACGGUCGGGUGGGCUGGUGGAAGGUCAACCAAGAGCGGCUGGAUGCUUGUUAUAAUCACUACUUGGAGGAUCGGAGAAAGGAGGCUAAGCGUAAGGAGGAGGAGGCAGCUGCUCAAAGGCUGAAGGAAGAGGAGGAUCGGAAGUCGGAAUGGAAGCGUGAACUGGAAUUACUUGAGUUGGAGAUGGGUGCGCGCCUGGACAAAAAACUUGAAGCAUUGGGAUUACAGAAUAAGGUUUCCAAAUCUGGUGAUGGGGAACUUAACAGUCGGGAUGAUCAGCUGUCUCGUUUGAUCAAAGAGAAUGAAGAACUCAAGAGCAAACUGCGUAGCGAGGCUGAUCGUGGCGAUGAUAAUAUGGUGGUGCGGCUGCAGCGUGAAUUAGUGGAGCUACGUCAGCAGUUUUCUGGUAAUCAGUGUGAGAGUGAUGAGAUUUUCGCCUUGAAGAAGGAGAUUGAGGAGUUGCGCGGUACGGCUCUUAUCAAGACUAAUUUCGAAAAUGAGAUUGCAGGCUUACGUAAGGAGGUUGGUCUGCUCCGUGAUUCUAGUCAACGGGCUGAGGAAGAGGUUAAGGUUUGGAAGAAUGAGGCGCUUCGGCCUGGGAACAAGCGGGGUAGUGUGGUGGUUGACACACUUGAGUGCUCAAAUCGAGGUACCUCGAAACCAAGAUGGACGGACAACGUUCGUCAGGCGGAUAAGUGGAGGACGGAGUAUCGUAAUCUCCAAGAUUUGCAGCGUUCUUCGGAUACCGAGGUUGCGAUGCUUAAGGAGAGGCGUGCAGAGGCAGAGAAGAGGAGAAUGGAGGCAGAACUGCAGGUGAAGCAAUUGCAGGAGCAGUUGAGCAAAUUGACAGCGGAGGGUGGGGCUCCUAGGGUGGAUACRGAACCGGCUGCUGGCGGUACGAAUUUGAAGGAGCGUCUUGAGGCGGUUGCGUUGAGAUCCGCUAAGAAAGGGAUGAAGGCCACGCCUGGCCGGGUUACCCUUCGUUCUGAAUCCGAUGAAACUCGGGUCAUAAAUGAAUGUUUCUCCUUCGUUGAGGGUGAGAAGAAGAAGCUGCGUACUCUGAAGAAGGCUGGACUCGAACCACUUUGUAAGGAAGCGGGAAUCAAGCUUGGGAAGGUAUCGGACAUGGUCAACAAAUUAGCUGAAUACCGGGCCAUAAACUGUUUGGGAAGCCUGGGGAAAAAGCGGGUGGGCGGCCAUGUAUGUUUCCGUUUGAAUGAUGUGAAGGAUGCUCCAGUAUGUAUUCGUAAUAAUCGGAAUGUGGUCCGUCCCUCUCGACGCGAUGUAGUGGGGAGGUUGAGGGCUCAGAUUUCGAGUUCCUUCCCAGACCUUGGGUUUAAGGUCCCGGAGGUUAGACGUGGUGAUCUUGCGGUAUGCAUGAAUGAGGUCUGGAGAGGUGAUCUAGGUGUGUGCAAUGAGGAUGAGGUGAUUACUUGGACUAAGAAGGUUGAAGGAUUGGUUCGAACCCCGAUUGACCAUAACCCGGGGGACACAUUGGUUUGUUGCCCUGUUAAGUAUUCGGAGGGCAUGAGACAGUUGUUCUUGGAUAACGAUGGCUUUGUCGAAUGUGAUGAGAGUGAGGAAUCGUUGUUAGCCGCUACCAGGGCGGCGUAUUUGGAAAGGAACUUUGAUCGGUUGGCACGCUGGGAUAUCAGGG